AUGGCCUCUGCUGUGCCUGACAAAGAGCAAGCUGCCAAGAGCUCCCUGGAGGUGAAGGAGGAGGAGCAGCAGGAUGCAGUAAAUCAGGUGGCUAACCUGACCUUGGUCAGCUCUGCCUGUGACAUGGUUUCUACAGCUUAUGCCUCUACUAAGGAGAGCCACCCCUACAUCAGAUCUGUGUGCGAUACAGCAGAGAAAGGAGUGAAGAGUGUGACUGAAGCCACAGCCAGCUGUGUGCAGCCUGUUCUGACUACACUGGAGCCUCAUGUUGCUGCAGCAAGCGAGUAUGCCUAUGAGGGUUUGGAUAAACUAGGGGAAAAGCUCCCACUCCUUCAAAAGCCAGUGGAACAGAUUAUUUCUGACACAAAAGAGCUGGUAUCAUCUAGAGUGGCUGAAGCAAAGGAUGCUGUGAGGAGCAAAGUGACGGAGGUGAUAGAUGUAACUAAGGAGACUCUUCAGAGUGGCAUGGAGGUUGCCAGAUCUGCAGUGACCAGCAGUGUGGGGAUUGUUGUGGACUCCAGAGUGGGCAAGACAGCUGUAAGUGGACCAGAAGCUGUGCUAGGGAGAGCAGAAGACAACAUUCUCCCUAUUGGAAAUGAGGAACUGGCCAAGCUGGCAGCAUCUGAGGAGGGUGCAGACCUAACGUCUGUGGAGCAGCAGCGAGAGAAGAGGAGGUACUUUGUGCGGUUGGGGUCUCUCUCUGAUGAACUUCGCCUGUUUGCCUAUCUGCACUCAACAGACAAGAUGAAGCAGGUCUGGCAGGGCAUGCAAGAGGCCCUUGUACAGCUUCACUGCAUCAUUGAACUGAUGGAAGUGUUUAAGCAAGGAUUUAAUCAAAAGCUUCAGGAAGGGCAGAAGAAACUACAUGAGAUUUGGCUGGAUUGGAGUAGGAAGUCUUCCAAAGAGAGUGGAGAUGAAAGCUCUGCAGAACCAGAGGAGAUGGAGUCUCUGGCCCUGCUCAUGGCGCGCAGUAUCACACAGCAGCUGCGAAUAACCUGCUGUAAAAUAGUGUCUGCAAUCCAAGGCCUUCCCUCAAGCCUUCAGGAUAAGGUGAAACAAUCUCUUAGUACUAUAGAGGAGCUUCAUGCUUCUUUCUCAGCAGCAGACUCCCUCCAGGACUUGUCCAGCAGUGUCUUGAGCCAGAGCCAGAGGAAGCUGGCUGUGAUCCAGGAGUACAUGGAGGAGCUGCUGGACUACCUGAAGAACAACACACCUCUGUCCUGGCUGGUGGGACCCUUCUUCCCCAGGAAGGAGGAGGAAACAUCACAGGAGGAUGAAACUCUGCAGGAGAAGGAGACAGAGACAGCAGGAGCAGGGUAUCAUGAAGCCUCCACCACCCUUAUAUAG